AUGUGCCACUUUCAGGUCUCCUCACACUGCUGGUGGGUUCCAUUUUGUCAUAGGAUGCUGGCAGAUUACGGGCCUCCCAUAGCUGCUGCCAGGCCCCUAAUCUGCCAUGGGCCCCCGUACCGCCUCCUCAUGCUGCUGCCAGGUCCACAGUGUCUCAUGGGUCCCUGUACGGCCUCCCAUUGCUGCUGUCUCCAUCGCCACACUCUGCCAUGUGCCACUUUCAGGUCUCCUCACACUGCUGGUGGGUUCCAUUUUGUCAUAGGGUGCUGUAUGGCCUCCCAUUGCUGCUGCCUCCACCGCCACACUGUGGCUCCACACUCUGGUUUUGGCCCCGUGACUGCCCAAAUGAGUGAAGUGUGCGGUGAUUCUAAGAUCGACGGCACUCAUCUGCAUGUCAUACUGACUGACAGUAUUAUUUCUCUUCCCCAGCAGACUCCAAGGGCAUUUAAAUUAAAGGUACAGUGUUCUGCACUAAUAUAA